AUGCUCCCAUUUAAAAAAAGUGCUGGCGCAAUAAUCGUUCUCCCUAGUGCAACUAAAGAAGAUACAUCCUCUCUUGCAUAUCAAAUUUCAUCAUCAACAACUGUUUCUAUUAUUUCACUUAUAAAGAUGCAAGACGUCGUCAAACAAAUGGGCGCAUUUUCCAAAGUGAUUUGUCGUGUUUUGGCCAAUCUUUUUGGCAGGCUGGGUACGGAUUUAUUGGAUUUCGGUUAUAGGAUGUACGGUUUUUGUUGCUGUAACAAGGUCGGUGAUCAAAAAGAGGACAUUGCAAGUUGCGAGUUGAUUAGGGAAACGUCGGAAGCCUUUUACAAAAACGUGAGCCGAGAACGGGCCGAAAUACUUUUGGAGAACAAACAGAACGGGACGUUCAUUAUACGACCGUCGAAAAGAUCCAAGCUGGGGACGUUGUCCGUAGUCCAGGACUCGAAAAUCUUUCAUCUGAAUAUCCGACGUCGGGAUCAGGAUAAUUGCGUCGCCCUGGGACGCGAAAAGACCAACGAGAAAACUUUCAACAGCAUAAAUGGUCUCAUUAAUUAUUAUAUAAGUAACUAUUUGAUUUUGUGCUCCAAUGGGCGGAAAACUUUUACGUUACUUUUGCCAUAUUUUGAAGAAAAUUUAAUUUAA